AAAAAAAUAAUAAAAAAUAUAAAUGGCUGCUCUACUUUCUUUAAUGUUCUUUCAAGUUUUGAUAGCAUUUUUUACCGUAAAUGCUAAGAGCAUGGUUCCCGUUCUGUCUUUGGAUCAAAAACCUCCGAAUAUAAAGAAUUUAACCAAUAAGCCGAUAGAGGAAUUAAAAUAUCUCCCCUUCAUAAUGCUCAUAGACAAAGACAUGGACACGAGUGAAUUUUGGCGGGAAACAGAAAUAUUGUCUCUGGUCAGAAACAACGUAAUGGACAUAGACUAUGAGAAAUGUGAACAGAGUAAUCAAGAGAAGACUCUUGUUCAAUUUCCGAGUCGACGCACUGUGAGACCAAUUUGCAGACAAGCUUAUGAUUAUCAACUGUGUCCGCAGUGCCCACGCUUCAGUAACCAUACUGAAUGCGAACUGUUUCGAGAUUCUUGCAGAGAAAGAAAAGUAAAGCCAUCUGAAUACAGAACAUAUUGCGACAAGAAAUAUGGAAAAUGGCGGACUAUGUUUAUUCCGUCUGAUUAUUCACAAUGCCGAUGCUGUGACGAGUGCGUUUUCUAUCGAGAACUCGACCAAUCUUGCAUUCAAGAUGAUUAUGAUUUUGAUGCUGACGAAUUUUUACCAGUCACCACUUUAGACUUCCGCGCCGGUUGCAACCCGUACUGGGGUCACCCAGAACAAGAGCUAAGAGCUCUACGAUGCGACAAUAUUUUACGCCGAUGUGUUCCAGUCAACAUACCACUAUUGCCAAAUGAGACAUUAACAAUUCGUCGCAGUUUCCGCUACGAUCCCCCCACGGGAGGGGGGGACUGUCCCGUAUGGUGCCGUGGUUACGAGUGUCAAACAGGCAUGGUGAAGGAGCAGGAUUGCGCUCCGGGUGCCUUCCUGCCUGAUAAGGAUCAGUGCAAUUGUUGUGGACGAUGCAGUUCUUAUCAACAACUUAAUGAAAAAUGUGCGGAAUUCAAAAAAAGUGUUCACAUGGUGAACGGAUCAAAAGAGACUGAGGUAGAGGAAGAGUUUCUGGAGCCAGGCUGUGAUGAUGGUCUGGUCUGUAGACACGGCUUCUGUCAGGACAUUCACACAGUUCAGACGUUUGCGGGCGGGAGACGGAGGCGGGACCAGACGUUGUAUGAGGCUAAUGAGCCAUGUAAACGUGAACUGAAGAGUUUCAAGAAGAAGUACGGACAAGACGGUCACUUGCACUAUAACGCGCCACAGUGUACGCCCCUCUGGUUAUAUGCACCUGUACAAUGUCGUCGUUUCGUUUGCUACUGCACUUUAGAAGACGGAACUUUUAUCGAGGGUAUAAAAGUGCCUCGCGUUGAAGUGUCCAAUAUGAACUGUGAUUGUGCUCGCGAAAAGUGUAGAACUGGCUCAGAUAUAGAUUGCGACGGCUAUGGCAACUAUAAGGAUGCUCUGUUUACAUCUGCCUUUGAACAGUGGAAGGAGGAGGCUAAUACCACAGAGCCGUCAAAAGCAACAACCAAAUUGCGCACGGGAUACGAAGCAGCGCUGCCAACCGAAUCUCAUUAG